AUGAAAGACGACAAUGAAGACUACACUCUCUUCUUCUUUUAUAUCACCUUCUUACCAUGUAAUCUCACUCGGGAACUGCCAGGCUCUAUACUCUUCGCAUUUAUCUUGCGUCCUCCAGGGUCUGUUAUGAGCCGGAGAAGGACUGGCCGCGCUUGCAACCCGUAUAACUCCUCCCGCACGCGCUGCGACGGGAAUUUGCCCUGGGUUGCGCUAGGGCGUCCCUGUCAAUAUCAACGCAAGUUCAAGAAACGAGGCCGCAAAGCGGCCGUCAACCACCCGAGUCCGCUACCGGCUGGGGCCCAUUGCGAUCUGGAGGUACCGAGCCCUCCGUAUUUACGAAGCAUUCAUCCAACUUCCUUUGGACCAGCCCGCGAAGAGACCUCGACAGAUGGCGUGCCAGCGUUUUCGGGUUUGCUUUCGAUGGGCCACGGGCUAGCAGACUCUCACGAGCCGGUGAGUAUGAAUAGUCUCGAGGCCACUUUCGCAACCUACCAGGCCAAUAUUCCCCGGACAUUCGACUUGCCACACCCCGAAUCAGGGGCAACUGCGCUGACCCCAAUCCCUCGAUUUCUCACGUUGGCGCUAACCUCCCCGGAUGCUACGGCAACGUCGGCGUCAAGCACGUCGUUGCCCGCGGGCUGCCGCUUCCCAUGUCUCGAGCCCCUCCUGCCUCGCCUAAGGAGCGUUAUGAGCCCAGGGGAAGCUUGCAGUUUGCUCGAAAUCUUCUUUACUGAGCCGGCUGCGGUCUUGGAUCCGAUCCAGCCGCGACCGACUUCCCCAGCGCUCCUGGCAACAAUGCUUUGGUGUGCAGCACACACAGCAUAUGGGAGGCUGUAUUACAUUCCAGGAUCACGAGCACGAUUUGUUGAUCAUCUUUACUGCCUGGUGAUGUCCCUACUGCAGCGCCUGGACCCGGAAAAUUGGCAUCGCGUAAACGACCCAGACCGCGCUCGCAGGACCUUCGGGACUGGCCCUACCCCUACAGUAGAUGAUGUCCUCACGUUCGUCUUCCUGACUAUCGUCAUUUCCGGUGGCGAAUACAAGUCAGACUGCUUGAAGUGGUGGAACAAAACACUUCGCUUGAUCAGGUAUCUUGGGUUUCACAAGGAUCCCUUGCGGACUGGCCAGCCCGAACCGAGAUCACUUCAGAGGUUGGACGGCUUUACAGCUGACACCCUACCCUCGAGGACAUACGGCCCGCCAACCGUCAUUUCGGGAACUGGGCUCUUUGAGUACUUCCUCCCCUUGAUGUCUAUCCUGGGAGAUAUCAUCGAACUGCAUCAUGCCGUAGUCAGCGCCAUCGCCACCGCGCUUACUAAUUGCCAUCACUGUAUUUCCGAAUGGAUAUGCGAUGUAGAUCGGACAGCAAACGCCUCUCGACCUUCCUCAGCGGCUCCACGUUCCGAGAUGACAAUGCAAAUUUCCUAUGUUCUCUCUAUCGACCCGGAGCUGUCAUUCAUGGCCUACUUGGUGGGGAUUUAUCUGUUCCGCGGCAGUCUCGUGCUCCUUUUGUUUGCUGAGCGAAUGCCUCUCGUUGGGCCGAACCCGUCGGUGGAGGAAGCCUGUGAAAGCUUCUCGAUCGGUGCUGCUGCACUCUCGUGCGCAUGGAAGGUGAAUACCGAGCUUAGAGCCUUGCGGCAGGAUAUAUUGUCUAUGUACCAAUGGAGAUCAGGAGUCCCGGGGCUGUGCCUGUAG